AUGUCAUCUAACAACGUCCUCCAACAGUCUAAAGUCCAACCGACCGCCUCUGCUCCAACCCAGCCACAUCCACCCUCAUUCCUCCAGAAGAAAGGUCUCUUGGGAGGAGCAGGAAGAGGUGGUGCAGCCUCGAUAGUCUCUCCUACGGAUAAUGUCCUUUCACCAUGUUCAGCUAAAUUGAGUGGAGCCAAACAGAGACAUUUCCAAAAAGGAAAACCUAUGCUUCUCGCUAGUCAACUCUCUCAAAUCGCUUCGUCAAAUUCCAACUCAAGUGUCAAAUCAGAUGCCAAGAUUGAUUUCUGA